GUGAAGCUGUUGCUUAUUGCGCUGUAGUGGCGGCGGCUGGUGCUGUGGUGAGGAUAUAGGGAAGCAUCCGGAGUGCGCACUCGGCUUAACAACUGGCAGACACAGCUGAGAAGAAAACAGUGUUGAGGAGACUCCGCUACAGUGUAUUCUCUGAAUGCAAUCACAGGAACAGCGUUCUGCGGUUCAAACUCUGAGACACAGACUGUUGUAGCUACUUUUGUCUUUGGAAGUUAAACACAAAUUGGCUGGUUUUAGAAACGCAUCCAGGGGAGAUGAUUUCCUCUCAUCUUUUCUGUCUUCUGGGACUCCGGAAUAGGAUUCCUAGAUUAAGGGGAGAUGGACAAAGUAGGAAAGGUGCCUUGUUGUUGUUGGUUAUAAUGCAUGUUUUGGGAUCUGUUUGGUCUCAAUCUGAGCAGCAGACAACCUGUCCUGCUUCGUGUGAGUGUUCUGAACCGGCCAGAACUGUAAAAUGUGUGAACAAGGAUCUAGCAGGGUUGCCCCAAAAUCUUCCCCCUUAUGUGAGGACACUCUUCAUUACUGGCAACCACAUAAACCGACUGCAAAAAGGGGCCUUUGUGCAGCCACAACCCCUAGUAGAUCUCACCAACCUCAGUCUAAGUGGAAAUGAUAUUCAAGAACUAGGCGAUAAUGUGUUCAGUUACCUACCCAGUUUGCGGCAUCUUGAUCUCAGCAACAAUGUGCUUGAGAGGAUAAAUAACUUUUCUUUUCAAGGAUCUGAGAAUCGUAGUAGUCCUCUUCAGGAACUGAACCUCAGCAAUUCGUUUGGCAACGAAUCAUUAAUCUUGCAGUUUGGAACAGCCAUGCAGAAUGGAGCGCUCGGCAACCUCCGCAAGCUGGACCUGAGUGGCAAUAAUAUAAUAUAUCUGCCAGUGGGAACGUUCGGUUCCCUGCCCAACCUGAAACAUCUAGACUUGAGUAACAAUUCUCUGGUGGGUUUGCAAGCGGGCAUCUUCACAAAUCUCAAUCACCUCGAGAUUCUGGAUCUUAGCAACAACGCUCUGAAGUGCCUGAGAAACACCACACUUUUUGAUCUCCCUCACCAUCCAGGCCUGUUAAUCAACCUCAACAACAACAGCUGGGUAUGUGACUGCCAGAUUGAGGACUUUGCCAUUUGGUUAAAAGAGACGACCGUAGUGGAGGGAGCAUCUAGCCUGCUGUGCUCGUAUCCUGAGAAAAUGAAGGACACUCCAGUUGUUGCUGUUAAGAUCGCCGAGCUUGACUGUCUGCAUGUUGAUGGCAACAACAGCUUACAAACAUCUUAUGUUUUCCUGGGCAUAGUGCUAGCCCUCAUUGGUGUCAUAUUCUUGCUUGUUUUAUAUCUGAACAGGAAAGGCAUCAAAAAGUGGAUAUACAACAUUAGAGACGCAUGCCGAGAUCACAUGGAGGGCUACCAUUACAGAUAUGAGAUCAAUGCAGACCCCAGGUUAACAAACUUAAGUACCAACUCAGAUGUAUGAAAACAUGAACUCAAACUAAAUCGUAUGUAAACUUAAAAAAGUUUUUUGACAAGAGCAACACUUUUAACUAUGCAUGAACCUUAUGUAUAGACAAUGCAUCAAACCCUGUGCUUGCUCUCAUAUUCACACCCUGCUGGAAAACAAAAACAAGUGACACCAUGCAGGGCUUGCGAAUGCCUCCAUUUGACUGUGAAGUUUAUUGCUGCAUUCUAAUUUACUUUGUCUAGGCUCUGAAUCUUGCAUGCUGAAUACCCUUACACAAGAGACUUGAGUCAUUCUUUGCCGUUCUUAUUUGGUGGGAUUACUCCCUGGGGGAAGAGAUUUUCAAAAGACCAAACUAGUACACCAACUUUUUUUUUUUCCCCCCUUCACAAAUGUAAUUACUAGUGGAAACCGUUGCCAACUCAGAUACCAAUCAACAACAACUGCCUCAAAUGAAUACAUUUAAUAUCUUUCCAUAAGACUUCUGUUAUGGUUUGGGACGUUUCAAACUGUCAAGUUGUAAGACUGCCCAUCUAGUUGGAAGGUUUUACAUGUACAAACGGGACAAAUCAUACAAUACCUGGCAUGCACAUACAUUUUAAUGUUUAUUUAAAAUCUGAAUGGAAUACCUUCACAAAAAUGCUUUUUACACCAUUUUUUUGUAAUAAAAAAGUAAUAAAAUUAAAAAAAAAGAAA